AUGAGAGAAAAUUCCCCGGGGAGAACAAAUUAUGGCAAAAAAUCCAAGCAAUUUAUGAAGGAGGGCGAGCUUUCGAGCUCGACCCAUAACGGCAAAGAUGGAACUAAUUCGAAUGGACUCAUAUCUGCGUCAAAAAAGUCAGAACCUCUUAAUGAUGCCAAAAUCGAGGAAAAGGAUCUUGAGAGGUGUGGAAAUUUAAAAGAAAAUCGAAUGGAAAUUCAGGCAGAUACCAAGGAGCAAAAUACCCCGAAGGAGGCUAUCGAAGGAUAUCACAACAAUGAUGGUAAGAAUUUUAAUCAAUUAUAUUCCGAAAAAAAUUCUGAAAAAUUCCGCAGUACAUGCAAAGCUGUCGGAAAAAAUAAUCCCCAUUAUGAUGAUAACGAUGCCUCUGUGAGAGCGAAGUAUUCGAAAGUUAAGUCAGGAAAAAAUCAAAGGAAUUCCACUCAUUUCAAUACAAAUGAGAGUCAUCAUCAGGAGAGAAGAGCCUCAUGUUGUUCGGAAAAUAAUAAAGAGAAUAUAAAAAAUUCUAAAAGAGCAGGAACCCAAAAUGAAGCUGAUGAUGAACCCGUGAGAAGAACCUGCGAUCCACGAAUUGCCAACAAUGAAAGUGUAAAGAGAGUGACGAUGGCUCGAGAGAAAAGCCCCGAGGAGAGAAAUUUCCAGGGCUCUCAGCUGUGUGGAAGAUCAACUGAGAGACAUCAAAUGAAAUCGACUUUAAAUGAUAAGGGAGACUUGAAGAGAGAAACUUCGUCUUAUCGAAGGAAAAGCCCUGGGAGAUUAAUACCCCACAAUAAAGAUGACGAACCUGUGAGAGGAAGCUGCGAUCCACAAAUUGACACCAAUGAAAAUGUAACGAGAGUGACGAUGUCGUAUCGAGAGAAAAGCCCUGAGGAGAGUCAUGUUCAUGGCUCUCAGCAAUGUGGAAGAUCAAAUAAGAGGCAUUCUAAGGAAGCAAAUUCCAAGAAAUUCGAAACAAAUAAAAUUCAAGAAUUCAUCUACCCAUUGGAUAAUAAAAAGGCCACGAAGUUAAUCCGCCUAAUGGAUAGAUAUACAAAUCGGAAAAUUAAAAGCGAAGAGCUGGAUCCAAAUCCAAAGGAAAGAAAAUAUCAUUUGAAAGAAAGUAAAAUUAGUGCUGGAAAUUAUCUCGAUCGUCAAUUUGCUGCAAGGAGGAGGAGUAGGAGUAGAAGUGGUUGUAAUAAAUCCACCGCCACCGAAGUUGAUACUCAGCCUCAGGAAUAUUCUCUGGAUACAUUGAAGAUAAUGAAAACUAUGAAAGUCAGGGCAUAUGAGGUGAAAAAAUUUGAUGAAAUAUCCAUGGAGGAAAAUAUUGAGGCUAAAGAAUUGGAGAUAACCAAAGAGGGACCUCUGGAAGGGAGGAAGGAUGAAGAAAUCGGAAAUAUUUCAAAAUGUGAAGAAUUGAAAUCGGAAAAUGCCAAAGAAAAAUAUGAGGAAAAUAAAUCGGAAAAUUUCAAUGGAAAACUUGAAGAAAAGAAAGAGAAGAGAGGUGGACAAGAUUAUCCGCAGAAAUGCUCACUUUCAAGGGAGGAAAAUGCCCGCAGAGACUCACCUCGCAGAGUCGCCCACGGCAACGAAAUUGAAAAGGGAAAUAUUGAAGAAAUAGCGACCAGUAGAGGAGAAGUAAAUCGAUCUUCUAGGGUGAAUGAAAUCACUGAAAGAUAUUCGUAUUAUGGACCGGAUACUUCUUCAAAAAAUUAUGUUAAAAAUUCCAAGCAAUUUAUGAAAGAAGAUGAGCUUCCGAGCCCUGUCGAUAAUAAAUAUAAAGGAAAUUGUGCACCAAUUUCUUCUCCAAAAAAAUCGGAACCCCCUGUGGAUACCAAAAACGAAGAGAGGCAUUUUGAGAAGUCAGGGAAUUCAAACAGAAAUCGAAUGGAAAUUCAUGCAGACACCCCAGAGCAAAAUAUCUCUAAGGAAGCUACCGAAGGACAUCCCGACAAGGAGGAAAUUAUUUCAAAGGAAGCUGCCGAAGGACAGCACAACAAUGAUGUUAACAAAGACCAGGGAAACCUCUAUCAAAGAACGGACUCCACGGAAUAUUCGAAGUCCGAAAAAAUUAUUUCAAAUACUUCUGAAAUAACUACAUUUCAAAAGAUGAAGCAGGAUAAUUAUCAGAAAUAUCUUGAAAUGUAUGGAAAUCCUGAGAUCUCUCCGAGAAGAGAACUGAGAAAUAUCAGAAGUCCGGACGAUGUUGAGAAGAGAACGAAAAUUCCGCUUCCAAUUACCUCCCCCAGAGAUCAUUUGAAAAUCGAUAGAGAAAAGGGAAAAGAAAACACUUUAACGGGAGGUAAAAGAAAUGCAGCUCUAAGUUCCAGAAGUGGGGAUAGAUCGAAAUUCAAAGUUGCCAUAAGUGGAACCGGAAAAAUAAUUUCCACCAUCAAUUAUCAGGGUAAGGAGGAUGGUACAAUUCCUCAGGAGGAAUUGAAUUCUCUAAGAGCUAAUUUGAAGGCGAUUCAAAUGAAGCCAAAAGUCAACUCAUUUGGCAGAGAGAGCCAGUCAUUAGACUCUAGAGAGAAGAGAGACCUUGGGAGAGCAAAUAAUUCCAUUAUCAAAGAGCGAAUAAAACUCCAUUGUGAAAUAAGUACCACCAGACGAAAUACUUCGAACAAUUCUGUAGCUUUCAGGGAUGCGUAUUUAAUAAAUGCUAAAGAGAAACUGAGAGGCGAGGCCUCUCUUGUGGCUGGUGAGAGAAAAACAUGCAAAGUAAGGAGCUCUACAAAAGAGAGUGGCAAUAUCAAUAGCCUUAAAGAGAAACAAGCAAUACAAGACCACGAGAGAGAAGGUAUUUCAAGCAUCACUAUUGAAGAGAGAAAUGUUGGUCAGAGUGAGAAUAACUCUCCUAAAGCUACCUAUGCUCUCAGCGAUACUCGAACCCAAAAUGAAGCUAUAUCGACAAAUAAUGAAGAUAGUGUGAAGGAAAAUCCGAGAGAAAGGCCUUCGAGAGGCCUGAGAGAGCAGAGUACAGCAUUUGUGGAAGCCAAAAACUCUCCAAAAGAGAGUGAAAUUUCCAGUAGCAACAGAGAGAAUAAAUCACUGCCAACCAAUGAGAGAGAAAGUGUUUCAAGCAACAAUGAUGAGGAGAGAAAAAAAUCUCAGAGCGAAAAUAACUCUCCCGAAAAUAGUCAGACCCUCAGCAAUUCCCCAACUGAAAAAAAUAAAAUUUCAUCUUUAAAAAAUGAAAGAGAAGUGAGAGAGAAUCAUCAUGGAAGAGAGAAAAUUCCCAUUUCUAAUAUUUAUCCCCAAACUCUCGUCAAGGCAGAACAAAAUUCUCCCCAAUAUGAAACUUCGUCAUACAAAAGAAAUAUUGGAAAUCCGAAAAAUCUCUUCGAGAGAGGAGAAGAACCUAAAAUUGUAAACGAAGUACCAAAAUCGGGGUAUAAAUUUAAAGAUCAGAAUUCACCAACAAGUUUCAAGGAAAUUUAUAGCCUCAAUUAUGUGGAUAACGAUGAUGAUGAGGAGGAGCAGGAUGAUCAGGAUUUGACAUCACAUUACAGCUCAGCUGCAGAUUCUAAUGAAAAGGAGGAAGGAUUACAGCCAACAACAAAGGUGGAAGAUAUCAGAAUCUCUCCCUUGGAGACAUCCCUAAGCGAAGAAAUCCGACAUAGCCCAAAAUUUUCUCUAAAAUUAUCGGAUCCUUAUGACAUUUCCUAUAACAACUUCCAAGCCACUGCAAAUAAUUCAGAGGUAUUAAGAGAGUUACGAAAUUUUAUAUCCACCCAUCAAAUCGAUACCUCCGAAGGAGAAGAAUUGACCGAAUUGGCCAUUGAUUUGUUUCGGAAAUUGAGUGAAAAUCGUUCUCCAGAAAUCAAACCAAUAGAAUCCCGCAUGACUCCCAAGAGAGAACCUCAUUAUCCGCAAGAGAGUGAGAGCAGGCUACAAGAAGAGAGUAAUGAAUAUACAAAUCUCUCAAGUGACCUAAAACCCCCCUAUGAUGAUACUGAUGAAAUUUACGGUUUGGUAUAUUCCGAUGACAAAAAUAUGGAGGGUCACUCUGAACAGCCGGGAGGGGUGAAGAAAGGAUCUUCGAAGAAAAACCCAGAGAGUGAAGAGAAUAAACAAAUCUCAACUGUUCAAAAUGACAUCAAAUUUGAUGAUAGUGACAUUCAUAGAAAUGAUCACAGAGGUGAUCAAUAUUCGACUGUGAUUCCGCAGCAGAAUCUGACAGAAUGUUCCGCAAGUUCCUGGAAUGAUUCCAAGCAAUUAAAGGGGAUUUUGAAACCAUUUCAAGAGAAAUUUUCAAAUCGUUCGGGUAAGUAUACCAAUUGA